CGAAAAUUUGUGCCAUCGCAACAUUACUUCUGACUGCUCAAGAAAAUAACAUUUCAAUUUAAUUAAUUUAGCGACUUAUUAAUAUGUCGUAUCAAUUGUAUCGCAAUACCACUCUAGGUAAUACGCUACAGGAGAGCCUUGACGAAUUAAUUCAGUAUGGCCAAAUUACGCCCACGUUGGCCUUCAAGGUUCUGCUGCAGUUUGACAAGAGCAUCAAUAACGCAUUAAACCAGCGCGUUAAGGCGCGCGUCACAUUCAAGGCGGGCAAAUUGAAUACGUAUCGCUUCUGUGACAAUGUUUGGACCCUGAUGCUGAACGAUGUGGAAUUUAGAGAGGUGCAUGAGUUCGUUAAGGUCGACAAGGUUAAGAUUGUGGCCUGUGAUGGCAAGAGCGGUGAUUUUAACUAAUAAAAUCAACAGCACUCAAAUUGCAAAACAUUCUACUUUUUAAGCUUCUAAUCGAUAAGUUCUGAGUUGGUUGCUGUUAAUUGUAACUGUAAUAUGCAGCAGAUGGGGAGAAGUAAAUUGUUAAAUUCUAAUCAA